UGGCACUGUUCUUCGCCGGCACUCGGCUUCUCCCUUCUCUUCCCUUCCCCAUUUGAACUACCCUUCUCCCUUCACCCUGCCAUUCUGCUUCAGAUUGCCUGAAGAAGCAGAAACGUCGGAUAGCACAGAGACAAGAUUAUCCCAGAUUGCCUGAAGAUGUCGGACCUAUAACUUAGGCCUUAGGGUUGUCCAAUACUCCGGUUUAUAUAUAUUGGAUGAUCCAACUCCAAUGGAGGAAGGAACAAUGAAAGAACCAAUAAACGCGGGCACCAAGCAAAAGGAGAAGAUAAAAGUUGGGCCAUUUUUAGUUUCUCCUCCACCGAAUGAACGCGAAUUGCAGUUGAUACAAUUUGUUUUCAACCCUUCAUGGGACGAGUAUCUGGUUUUUUCUUCAUCACAUUCAUUUUUGGAUAAAUAUGCCUUUACCACACUUAAACCACGGACUUGCUUGAAUCCACUGGUGAUAGAUGCUUUUGUUGAGAUCUUUACUGACAUUGAACGAAAGGAAAAAGCUAAUCCUCGUCAUUGGUAUCUUCCGGUGUCAUUUUCGAGAAUAGCAGAUGGUGGCUACGUAAGCUACUUCCUCGACUUUGUCAAACGGAAUAAUAUAAAAGAAAACUACAUGUCUGAUCACUUGGUUGACUGUGAAAAGAUAUUCAUUCCGGUUCAUGUUGGGCAAAAGUUAGAUGGACAUUUUUAUUUAUACAUUAUUGAUUUAAAGAAUAAAUUGGUUGAAAUAUGGGAUUCUUUAUUGGGUGAUGAAUAUAUGACUAAAAUAGAACGUGACGAGACAACUCAAAAUUUGCUGAUUGCCAUGGAAAAUCUCUUCAAGGAUACUACGUUCACAAAAUUUGAUCAGACGAUGGCGAAUAAUAUUCCAUUACAGUCCAACAAGUAUGAUAGUGGCAUAUUCGUUAUUAACUUUAUGCAACAAAUGAUUCAUUCAAUUCAGGUUAACAGCAAUGAAGGACGGCUGAAUCUAGCUCUACAGUUACUUAACAGUAACUUGAAUAAGGAAAAAGCAAAUCUAUAUUGCAAAGCAGAAAGUUCACAAGUAAAAGCAAAAGAAGAUUCAUAUAUGUCUCGAGUUAAGAGAAGGCGUGCUAGCCCUGAAAAUGUUGGAAGAGAGGCAUAUAUAGAAUUGGAUGGUUCUAAUAGAAAAGUUAAGAGAGACCAUGUUGAUUUGAUAACAGGAUGUUCUAAAGGUUACGUAUUACCAGCAACAAAUUUAGUAGGGGAAGAGUUUCAAGAAUAUAUUGAACAAAUAUGGAAGUGGAUAAUCGAAGAUAAGGCGUCAGCAAUUGGGAUAUGGGGAAUGGGAGGGGUGGGGAAAACAGCUUUAGCAACUCAUAUCCAUAACAAGCUUUUAGAAGAAGUAAGUGGUGACUUUGAUCAUGUCAUUUGGGUAACUGCAUCACAACAUCAAAGCAUUUGCCAGUUGCAAAAAGUUGUGGCUGCAUCAAUUGAUUUGGACAUAUCUAAUGAGUAUGAGGUUAAAAGAAUUGCUGGCAAAUUAUUCCAAGCAUUCAAACAUAUGAAUAGAUAUGUUCUUAUUUUUGAUGAUAUUUGGGAUCCUAUUUUUCUAGAGGAGGUCGGAUUACCUACUUCAUAUAACCAAAUUACAUUGAUUUUGACAACCCGUUCAUUGGAAGUAUGUCAAGUCAUGAAUUGCAAGAAUAUCAUAAAAGUAGAACCUCUCCGGGACAUUGAUAGUUGGGCUUUGUUUGAAAAGACUAUGGGAGUCAAUGAAGGAUUGUCAUUGGAAGUUGAGAAGAUAGCACAGGAUAUUACAAAUAAAUGUGAAGGAUUGCCCCUUGCUAUUGUUAUAAUUGGAAGAAGCAUGAGGGGGAAAGAACAUCAAAUAUUGUAUUGGAACCAUAUCUUGAGCUGCCUUCAAGGAAUGGAGGAUUGGCAAUAUGAUUUGAACAAAUGGGUAUUUCCUGUUCUGAGAUCUAGUUAUGCUCGGCUAAUAAAUAAUAAAUUACAAGAAUGUUUUUUGUACUGGGCCUCACAAACUGAUGAAGAUGAUUCUGGCCUGAAUUGUCGAAAUGUGAUAAGAAGAUUUAUCUAUAUGGGAUGGAUCGAUGGAAUGAAGUUGAUAAAUAAGUAUGAGGAAGGUUACAACAUAUUGGAUAAAUUAAGGAAGAAUAGUCUAUUGGAAGACCCAUUAUUAUUGCGACCAAGAUGGGGAAUGCACAAUUUACUCAAGAUGAUGGCUAUAGGUAUUGCAAAAGAGAAUGAUAAAAUCAUGGCAAAAGCUCAACUGAAAUUGAACAAAAUACCGGAGGAUAACUUGUGGAAAGAAGAUUUGGAAAAAGUAUUUUUGACAGGAAAUAAUAUACAAAAUAUACCAGUUGGCAUAUCUCCAAGAUGUUCUCAACUUUCAAUGCUUCUUUUAAAUUGUAAUACUACUCUUGAAUGGAUUUCAGACGAUUUUUUCAACAACAUGCCUGCUCUUAAAGUUCUUGAUUUGUCUGAGACAGGUAUUGAGUGCUUGCCAAACUCUAUAUCCAACUUGAGAUGCCUCAUUACAUUAUUAAUCUCAGGAUGUGAAAGAUUGAGGUAUGUACCUUCAUUAGGAAAGCUACAAGGGCUCAUAUCAUUGGACCUUUCAUCUACUGCCAUCACUGAAGCACCAUCAGGCUUGGAAUCAUUGGAGAAUUUUAAACAUCUAAACCUACAAGACACAAAAGAGUUAAAAAUGUCAACUUCAAUGAUAUCCAAAAUGACCAAUCUACAAUCUCUUGAGCUUAAUAACUGGACUCCGAACUUAAUAGAAGUUAAUGCACAAGAUCUACAAGGUUUAGACAAAUUAGAAGCUAUUACAGUCAAUUUUUGUGACAUCAACCAAUUCAAUGCUUAUGUGAGUAGUUUACAAGUUAAAGAUUCUGCACUUGAAACCUUUUCUCUAACUUUAUCAAAGACAAAAGAAUACCCCAAUGAUAUGGUUGAAGAUUUUGAAAUGCAGUUAGAAGGAAUCGACCCCUACCCCAGUCAAAUGGUAACUUUUAUGGACAUAGAUUUGGGAGCUAGUGUAGUGAUGCUACCAGAAAAUAUCAGGCAGUUGUUUAUAUGCGAGUGUCACACUGGGCAAUGGAAUGAAUAUCCCGCAUGCCGUGUCUUAUCAUUUUGUAAUAAUGAUAAUCUACACCGAAUUGACACUUUGGAUAUUAGGAGUUGCGAUGAGUUGGAGUGCUUGUGUUGUUACUCUACUAGUUGCUGCUUUUGCUCCUCCGUUAAUCUCUUUGGGGAUCUAACCCUCGAAGAUUUAAAGGACUUGAAAGAUAUUGUGUCACCACUUGCUCCAUCCUUGCAUCUACCCACCAUCCCCAUCUUAUUUUCUAAUCUCAAAUCUCUCUAUAUUACCAGAUGUCACAGUAUGACGAUUGUACUGAUACCUGAGUUAUUAGCACAGCUCCGAAGUUUGGAGUUCAUCAAUGUGGGGUUUUGUAACUCCAUGAGAGAAAUUGUUGGAGAGGAUCAUCGCCUUUCGUGCCCUACUUUAACUCUUCCCAAAUUGAUCACAAUGCAAAUGUGGGAACUACCAGAAUUGAAGUUCGUGUACAAAGAGAUCCUGUACUGUCCUUCUCUCAGGAAAUUUUUUGCCUCCGACUGUGAUGAAUUAAGUCACCCUCAGAUACAGAUAAAUGAAAAUGCACUGCAGAUGGAGAAGAACCAAUAUUAUGGACGAUACUAUUGGUCCAUUUAUUAAUCAGGGAAUUGAAGGUGUGUUUGUGUUUCAGUUCAUAUUCCUUACAAGCAUUGUCUUAACUGGCGCGCGAAAGAUCAAGCUGAUCUCUUCAUUACAAUUUUUUUUAAAAAAAA